AUGGGACAUCAAGUACAAAAUCAAGCCGCCGCUGCCACUGCUGUUGCUAAUGCCACUGCUGCUACUGCAACCGCACCUGCUAAAGUCCAGCCUGGGAAUGUGAUUAGGGAGCGAUCGAUGCACAAGUUAGUAGAGCAAUUUCUAAAGUUGAACCCGUUGAGGUUCACGGGAGCAGGCGAUCCCGAGGCUGUAACUCUCUGGAUCAGAGAGUUAGAGAAGGUCUUCGCACUGCUAAGGUGCUCCAAUAAAGACAAGGUAGUCCUGGUGGUCUACCAGUUGCAGGGGAAUGCAAUUUUUAAUGGGAAGUACUUCUCUAACUGUGCCAGAGAGCAGAGGAUGGCGGAGUUUCAGCGUCUUCGUCAGGGUCUAUUGUCAGUAGAUCAAUGUGAAGCGAAGUUGGCCAAGCCAUCCAAGUACGCCCCCAGACUGAUAGAGGAUAUAAUAGACAGAGUAAGGAGGUUCAGGGAUGGCCUUCGAUCGGAGAUUAAGGAUCUGUUGGUGCCGCUAAAUCUGAAGGAUUACAACGAUCUGUAUGAAAGGGCACAGCUGAUUGAGAGGAAUUUGAAUGAGCGAGCCACCGCAUCUGGAUCGCAAUUCGGGUCCAGCAAAGAUGGUAAUCAGUUCGGGAAGAAACCGAUGUUAGGAGGAAGUUUGCCCCUAGAAAGGGAGAUUGAGUUCGUGAUUGAGUUGGCCUCUGGGAUGGAGCCAAUCUUUAAGGCUCCUUACCAUAUGGCAUUGUCAAAGUUAAAGGAACUGAAGAUGAGGAUCAAAAUGUUGCAGUUGACAGAUCCUGAGAUGCAGAAGAUUCUGCAUGAAGAUGUAGAAAAGAGAAAGGCUGAUUUUCAAGUAUCUGAAGACGAAACACUAAAGUUUCGUGGAAGAUUGUGUGUACCUGAUGAUGCGGAGCUUAAGGAGGAGAUCUUGUCAAAAGCUCAUUGUAGCAGCUAUAGCAUUCAUCCAGGCAGUACGAAAAUGUAUCAGAAUCUGCGUCAACGCUAUUGGUGGAUCGGUAUGAAGGUGGAUACCGCCAAGUGUCUGACGUGCCACUAA